UUGAAAAUGGCGCGCGUUUUGUCAUAUCCUGUUGUGUGUUGGUGAGUGCAUGGCCUCGACGUUGAUCCCGUUCCAAGAUUUUUAUUCCGUAACACCGCAGUCUUUCACAUAUGUAAUAUUACCCCAAUAUAAUAUUCGUGAUGGUGUCCUGUAAAAGGCCAUGGAUUUGAUGAAAACGAAUAUGUGUGCACGUGGGAGUGGCAUGUUUCAGGAAUAUGAGUUCCUAGACUUGUCAGAUGUAAAAGAAGCGGAACUGAGCAGUCUACAGUGUGCACUUUUCGAGAGGAAGCCAGAGAGGUCCGUGCCCACCACAACUGUAGCGGGUUGGACUGAACCCAGCGCAGACUUGUCAUCGUGUUCAUCGAGCACAGUGGGGCCACCGACCGUGUCGAGCAGCCUGGAUAGCCUGUCGGGCGGCGAGUGCGAGAUGGCGCCCCACUCGCCGCAGCGGGGCGCCGCCGCUCCCGCCCACACCGCACCGCACGCCACGCACGCUGCGCCGCACGCCCCACCCUACGUGCAGCCGCCCACCUACCCGCCGCCGCCGCAGUGGCCCGUGGCGCCGCCCAACGUGUACGUCAGCCAGGUCACUGCCAACGUAAACGUACACGGCUACAUGGGUCAGUACUACCAGCCGCCGCAGCACCAGUACGUACCUCCUGCGCCGCAGGUGGAACGCGCGCCACGCAACCAUCGGCGCGACAGGCGCGGCAAGAGACCCCCGUCCCCUUCGCCGGCACCCCAGGCGCCGCCGUACUACGUGCAGUACCCGCAGUACUACCCGGCAGCGCAAGCACAGGGCGCACCCCUCUACCAUCUGCCGGUCUACCAGCCCCUCGUUUAUGGGCCCUAUGCAUACCCUCCAUACUACACAGAGUACCAGGUUCCGGUUGAAGGUGAGGCCGACAAGGUCCCGGAUGAGUACCAGCAGGAGGUGGUGAUGGAGCAGGAGGCGGUGGACGCUUAUUACGCAAGCGCACAUUACGCAGGGCCACCGUAUGGACCUCCGGUUGAGAGUGGCGUCGAAUACAUACCGCCAAUGUACUUACAACCUCCCCCGCAUCCGGGACCGAUCCCCAUGCAGCCUCAGAUCCAGCACCAGCCGACUCCUCAUCAGUUUAAUGUGCACGCCAAAAACUUUGUUCAGGGUCAGAACCAUAACAAGAAUUAUCCAGCUCUGGACAAACCUGACAAGAAUGUCGCCGGCACGGCAUCCGCUUCAGCGAGUACUCCCACGGGAUCGGUCGAAUCGGUGCCUAUAAAAGAUCUGAAAAUUACCAGCAAGGAUCCUCCAAGCCCCAAGCAGACUGAGCGUCCCGCCGACUCAAAUCAGUCUAAACCGCCAACACCGAAUGAUAAUAAAGCAUCACCAAUGCUCAAACAGGAUCCCAUGAAACCUGCAUGGUCACCAAAUGAAAAUAAAGUCGCAACCGAAGUCAACCAGGCCCAAAACAUUAAUAAAACUUUCACACCAUCUCCAUCUAAUGGUCAACCUGCUAAUAAUAACAAAGUACCACUAUCAAUGGGAAAACCGCCGAAAGGUCCCGCCGCUCCUUUUUCCGGCGGCAAACAGCCGACAAAGCCUUUGUUGCCACAAACAGCCGUGCCUGUACAAUCAGUCUCUACGCCUAAGCCACCAUUCGGAAAUAGGCAGAAGCGAGAGGGAACGAAUCGAUCUCCAUCAAACGACAACGACGGUGAGAAAACUAUUGAACAUCCGAAGCGCGAGCCCCCACUGCCACCGAGCAAAGCUCCCAUGCCCAUUUCUAUUACCCUGAAUACUCAGGGACCACCGCUGAUCGUUUCGAACAAGUCACCGUUUGGCCAUUCCAGGAAAGCGGUUCCUAUUCCUGAAACACCUCCAGCGCCGCAGCCCCCACCGCCUGCGCCCACUGCGUCAGACUUUCCCCCGCCCCCGACUCCCAGAAAUAGAGGGGAACCUGUGCCAGCGCCAGUUGUACAGCCAAACCCAGCACCCGCUUCUGGCAAGUCCUGGGCUAGUCUAUUCUCUAAUAAACCUUCAACUAUAAUGACGCCGCCCCAACCUGUAGUUCCUAUCGAGGAACCCUCGAGCCCAACGACUACAACACCACCUAUCCCUUCUAAUGUGCAAAGGCCAGUUGCUAAAGUGCCGCCUUACGAUGCCUCUCCCCUGCAAAAUAAUGUCGCUGAUAAAGCGUCUACACCGAGGCCACCGACCAACGUGCCUCCGACUGUGUCGUACUCGGAGAAGACAUCAGUGAAUGCUGUUAGCAACCCACCGGCCACGCAAGCGCCCGUGAAGAGUAACACCACGCCAACUCCGGAGCCCCAAGCCGCGCCCCCGAAGGAGCCGUCACCCACUUUACCCAUCCAGCCGUCGCCCUUCAGUGAUGAUCCCAACUCAUACAGGAUGGGAGAAUUCCUGACAAAGUAUCAGCUAGACAAUAGGCCGGUGUCGCUCCUGCCGCGUGGUCUUACCAAUCGAUCAAACUACUGCUAUGUUAAUGCCAUACUACAAGCGUUGAUCGCUUGCCCGCCAUUUUACAACAUGCUGAAAGCGCUACCAUAUCAGACGCGCCGUGGAAAAUCAAGCACACCUGUUAUAGACUCCAUGGUGGAACUCUGCUACGAGUUUGGUCCCCUGGCGAAUACUAUGCGACGUCGCGGCGAAGGCAGUAACGGGGCAGUGGCGCCCACGGUUCCCGCCGGCCCGCCGCUCGACGGCAGCGCCGGCCUGCGUGUACUGCGCGCGCUGCACUUCCCCGGCUCGCAAGAGGGUAGGCAGGAAGAUGCAGAGGAGUUCCUGGGAUGCCUCCUCAACUCGCUCAAUGAUGAGAUGCUAGAGUUGAUGAAGCUUGUGGAACCUGAAGGACCUAAGGACGUUAACAACCGGCCCAACGGCGUCGUGCCUCCGGAGCAACCCCCACCUGAGGAGGACGACGAUGAUGAAUGGAAGGUGAUGGGCCCACGCAACCGCGGCGCUGUGGAGCGUCGCUGGGCGGCUCGGCGCACCCCGGUCGCGGACAUCUUCCGCGGCCGCACGCGUCACCGCCUGCACCGCGCCCACCACCAUGACGUCACAGAUGCUGUGCAGCCAUUCUUCACGCUGCAACUUGAUAUUGAGCGUUCAAACACGGUGAAGGACGCUCUCGAGCUGGUUGCUGGUAAAGACACACUAGAGGGAGUGACGGACGCAUGGCAGCAGCUGUCCCUGGAGGAGCUGCCUGUGGUGCUGCUGCUGCACCUGAAGUGCUUCCAGCUUGAUGCAGACGGACACACUGCAAAGAUAGUCAAGAAUAUUGACUACCCCAUUGACUUGAAGAUUGACCCCAAAAUAAUGUCGUCCAAGUUGAAGUACACGCAGAAGCAGCGAUUGUACAAGCUGUUUGCUGUUGUUUAUCACGAAGGUGUUGAGGCAGUGAAAGGACAUUACGUCACUGAUACCUACCACGGUCAAGUAGGCUGGAUAAGAUAUGAUGAUUCAACAGUGACUCAGGUUACUGAUGCUCAGGUGCUUAAGCCUAAGCCACCUCGUAUGCCGUAUCUGCUCAUGUAUAGACGGCACGACAUGCUGCCUCCACACAGAGCCGCCGGGAAACCGGAAUAAACCGGUUUUGGACCGGAGUUAAUCGGUUUGAAGCGGAAUAAAUCGGUAUAAUCUGGUUUUAUGGAUAUCAACUGAAUUACCAGUGAUGUGACAGUGAAUGUUUAGUGUAAAUAUUGUGUCAAUACAACUAGCUGCUGCAAUAACUAGUUGAAAUGUCUUAUGUAUGUAUGUACAGACUGGUGUAAACAAUUUAUUCUAUGUAUUGCUGGAAAUUUUGAUUCUUUGCGAUUUUUUUGUACUAUUUAUAUUGUAUGGUUGAAUUUUUUUUUAUAAUGUAAUAUUGGCAGAAUGUAAUGAUUUUAACAUACAAUUAUGAGGAAUAUUAAGUAAAAAAUAUGAAUUGUUGCCAAUAAUUGUAAAUAUUGUGAACUAGUUACUGCAGUGAUUAGUUCAAUAAAUUAUUUUUGCACAACGAAAUUGUCUCACGUAUCUGUAUAGGUUAAAUUGUGUGCAAAUAAUGUACAUUUUUCCUAUUUAAUUGCAUACUGAUUUUUUUUGUUUGGUUUUAUGAAUUUCAUUGCAAGGCUUGUUUUAUUUUUUUCAAUUUUGUAAUAUAGUGUAAAUUAGACUUAUAGUUUUAAGGUAGGUUUACACUUUAUGGAAAAUGUUUUUACGUUUCGUUUCUCCGAAAUAAUCUGAUAGAUUAUAUGACAUGUUUGAUUGAAUUUUAACUUGUUCUGAUCAAUGAAUGGGUGUUAAAUUUGUAAAUAUGUUUUGUGUAAAAUACUAGGAGUUGGCAAUGUGGGACCCUUUUUUUAUUAUAAGGAUCUAAAUUUUUUUUUGUCUCAUAGUUUUUUUUAAACGGUUGCUUGAAACUGCCAAAGUAUAUUAUAUAUUGGUUGCAACUCCAUAAGUAGAUUAAGUUUUCGACAAUAUGGAAUUGUAAAAUAAAAAAGAAUAAAAAAAUGUAUAGGCAUUACUCUAAUUAAUAAAUUAAUAUGAAAAAUAUUAAAAAAAUGGACUGAUGGGAAGUACAAAGUUGGGAUAUGAUGUGAUAUGGGAAGUUGGCAGAUAUCAAGAAUGCAUUAAGAAGUAUGGAAAUCUUUGUAUUAAUAUUAUUCGAAAUAAAACUUGAAAAUGACGUCAAUUAAGUUAUAUUAAGCCUUAAAAAAAAGUAAUAUGCAUCUUGUUUUUUUUUUGCUUUACUAAAGCAUGUAUGCAUAUAAAUAUCCAAAAGUUUUUUCAAUAUCACACAAGAAUGAAAACUACUAGGCAUGUUGACGGAUUACAUGUUUUUUUUAAUUUGCCAAUGUCCAACUAGGAAUUGUGGUAAUACUUGCUAAAUUAGUCAAACUAUCCAAUCGAAAAGUUUACCCCUUGUCAAAUUUUUCUAUAGAUUUUCAUUGAUAAAUAUUGUAAUUUAUUAAAUUACAAAUUACUAUUUUGAUAUGCUUAUGCACAACAUUGUCAAGAAACUUUUUGCGAUCUUUUUUCAGAUAGACAGAGAACAUGUUUUAUGUUCAUGUUUCGUCAAAUAAACAAAGUAAUUGAGUUUGUAGGCAGAUUUAUAACUUGUAGAUAUCUAAUUUGGAAUACUAAAGUGUGGUGAAAAAAGCCUUUUUGUAAGGCACUAAUUUUCUCAGUGUAAUUUACAAUACAAAAUGACAUUUCGAAAUGUCAAUUCUCAAUUAGACGUCAAACUUGUAAGAUCGUUGUAUGGUGUUAUGGACGGUGUUAGGAAAUGUUUCGUUUUAUUCUAUUUGUUUGCACGAAAUUAUAUUUAAUAUUAAUGAAUAACUAUAGGUAAGACAAGGCAUAUGUUUUAAAUGAUAUGAAUUUUAAGUGGUAGAUAAUUUGCUUUUCGGUUAUAUAGGAAUUUGUAGCUUGUAUUUUAUUUAAGCUACCAUUUUAAGAUUAGACUUAUAUAUAAAAUUUAAAUAUACAUCAAGCAUGUAAAUGCA